AUGUAUCUUUCUCCAACCUUCGUCUCGGGCCUCUUGCUAGCCAGCGCGGAAGGGGUCCUGGGUGGCAGCAGAUUUUGGGAGGCAAAGGCGCCAAACCAGCGAACAAACUCCACUCCGGACUAUCUGGGUUUUGAGACAUAUAAUUCAACGUCUUCACUUAUGAAGCGCGCUUUCUCCAUGGAGAGCCGGCCAAACGACAAAUUGGCCCCGCGCCUCUGGCCCAACAAGAAGAUAAGAUACCACUUUGAAGAUCCAGAGAAUUUGAGGCUCAAGGGAAUCUGGGAACGGGCCAUAGAACUAUGGGCACCUCUCAAAGCACACGGCUUUUCUUACGAAGAGGUCCCUUCCAAGGAUGAGUGGCAAAGCAAUCGCGACACCGUCUUGCUUAUCAAAUACAAUACCGAUGGCAAGCUAUCGUCGACUUUGGGCAUCCCACCUAUCAACGAAGCGGCAAAUGAUGGUAAGCCUACUGAUGCGGACCUGGGACCUGUAACGAAUCUUUCCGACAAUGAAGGCAUCGGUCAGGACGACAUCCAUGCCAACAUAGCCCACGAGCUUGGUCACGUCUGGGGCCUGAUCCAUGAGCACCAGAAUCCUCGCUACUGGCGUAUCACUUCUGGAGACUACAACAAUGGCUGGAGCCUUUGGAGUGGCAAAAGUAGUCAGCCCAAAUUCAAGCCUAGCGACUUCGACUGCGAGGCUCUCAGCGAUUUCGCUGCAAUCAGUAAGACUCUAAAUACAUUGGUCGCAGAAGCGAGAGAGGCGAAUGAUCACAAUUUGAUGGAUAAACUACAAUUCGACCUGGAUCACAUUUGCGUUUCCAUGAAAGUUGCGGGCAAAUGGGGAUUUAGUGCAGCCGAGUGGCUUCCGUAUCCAUCUUUGGACAAGAAGGUUUCAGAUGACAAUUUUGAUCCAAAUUCGAUCAUGAUGUAUCCCUCACGCGCAGGUGGGAUAGGUCUAGGGGACGACCGUGAAGUCGUUCUCAAAUACGAUGAUGGCAGUCUUAUUCCCAAUCGGCUAGCACCCAGCCCUAUGGACAUUAACCGUCUCAUCACGCUCUACGGCAAACCAGCUUUGUCUGUACCGGGCGAGCCGCACAACUCGAGAUCGAGCCAAUUUUUCAACAGGCUUAAGAAGAUAAGGAGUGGAAUAUCGCGCGCUGGUGAUACUAAGGGCGGGUCGUGCGAUGGAUGA